ACACCGUUCAUUCGUUACAGCGGCUUUCGAAAAAAAAAAAAGAAAUCUUUGGAGGAGUUGGUGUUUUUAUGUACCCCCACCAACACCAACAGGUAUGGGUACCUCAAGCCGGCCGGGUUGCCUUCAUCGCCGGUCAAGGUCAACACCAACCAAACCGGAUCGUGCACCGGUAUACCACCCUACUGCUCGCACGCGCUUCAGUAGUCAGUACAUCACCAUCCACGAGUCCAUCGUGUCGUGUCAUCCAAAUCACGCGCGCGCACGCCGCUAUGCUCCGCGUCCGCGUCCGCGUCCGCGUGAUCGUGAUCCCCCUCGACCUCGAGGCGGAGGACCUUCUGAUUCGCAUCGAACUGGCUGGCACGGGCCUGACGGCCAGGCCAUGCCCGCGCGACCGCGUUGCCUUUUCGGCCGCAUUCUUUGCUUGCGCCGUGAAAGAAACCGAUUCCGCGCGCAGACAGGUACAGGUUAGGGGUCAACCAGUUUGUUCGUCAGCUAUCCUCUCCCUCUCCUCGGCGCCCUCAUCCGGGCAUGGCGUGCGGCGGCAGGGGCGGCACGGGGUGGUCCUCGCUGCCGGCGGACCUGCUGCUCACCGUAUUCGCCCUCCUCCCCUCCGACGUCGACCGCAUCCGCUUCCGCGCCGUCUGCGCGGGCUGGGGCGCCGCCGCGGCCGCGUGGCGCCCGCGCCCCUGGCUCGUCGGAUCCGUCACCGACCGCUCCGGCCGGGCCGCCGGCGCCAUGUCGUCGUUCUGGCUCUCCCCCGGCGGCGGCCUCCUGCCCUUCGCCGCCAACGUGCCACCGGGGCUGGACUACCUCUCCUCGUCCUCCCACGGCUACCUCGCGCUCUCCGACCCCAGGAUUAGCCCCAAGGCCAUCCUCCUCCUCAACCCCUUGACCGGCCGGCGCGUCCACCUCCCGCCCAUCGGCUUCUUCAGCAACUGGCUCGACCUGACCACCGUCGUGCUGUCGGCCGACCCCGCCACGGCCGCCGAGUGGGCCGCGGUGGCCGUCGGGUUCCCGACCACCUGCCUCGCCUACUACAGCUCCGCCACCGGGGCGUGGGCGCGGCUCGACUUCCGCGUGCCCGGCUACGCCGGCGUCGAGCACUACGAGGGGCGGUUCUACGUGGCCUUCAAGUCCCGGAUCUGCAUCUGCGAGGUCGACGGGGACGCGCCCGCGGUCAUCCCGCUCGAGCACGUCGACGCGGACGGCGACGCCGACGCCUCGGACGACGACGACGACGACGACGACAAGCUCCCUGGCGGUGGGAGGCGCGUCGUCGACACGCACCUGGUGGAGUGCGGCGGCCAGCUGCUCCUCGUCUCGGUGCACGACGACGUCGUGUACAACUCGGACGACGACGUCGUCGGCAUGGCGGGCCUCGCCGUGGACGACGGCGGCAACAAGGGCGGCGACGCGCGUGCGGUGGAGGCUCACAGGGUGGAGUGGCUCGGGGAUGGGGCGGUGCGGCUGGUGCGCGUGGUGGACAUCGGCUUGAACAAUCUGUUCCUGGGGAGGAACCGCGCGUUCGCGCUCUCCGGCGCGGAGUUCCCCUGCUGCCGCGCCAACUGCAUCUUCCUCGUCGACCGGCAGGGCCAGCCGGACGGGGUCGUCAGGGUGCUGGGCAUGGAGAGCCAGUCGGCGCGCCACGAGGAGACCAUCUGCCAGGACGACGGCCGGCAAGGACCCUCUUCGACCGGGUGGGCUCGCCGUGGCUGGUUCUUCCCCAACUAUUAGCUACGGUCGUGGUCAACUGGUCAUCUUGUCUUUAUGCUUGCUAUAGUUAGCAGUACAAUUUUUGUUUGUGAUGGGGAUUGAUUACUCAGUCACACAAACUAGUGAACUCCUAGUGCCUCCGUUCGUUAAUCCUGUAGUACGCCUACUAAAAAUAAAAAUAAAAUGGAGGUGCUUUCUGAUCGCGAUAAGCCGAUGA